AUGAGCACGGAAAGCGACGAUGCACCGGCUCAGACUGCUUUCGCGCGCACCGACGACUUCUUGCGCGAUGUCGCUCGCCUGACAGACCUCGACUUCGGCUCGGAACCAUCGAGGGAGGAGGAGCGGGAGGAGCAAGCCGCGCUGGGGCGAUUGUGUGCCGUGCUCGACGACUACCAGGAGCAGUCUUACCUCCUCGACCCCUCCCUCGAAACGCUCGUCUCGCCACUCCUGGCAUCCUUGCGCGAGCAACUUCGACGACAAGGCUCACAACUGGGUGGGAAGAGGGUUGAAAGGGUCGCGAAGAUCCUGUACUGGUUCACAAAGGUCCGAGGGUCAAAGACGAUUGUUCGCUUCUUCCCUCACGAGGUGACGGACCUGGCGGUGCUCGUCCAACUGCUCUCGGCCGACCCAGACGCUCCCUCAACCUCCUCGACUCCGCUUCACUCCUCGACAAGCUGGGAGUUGCGCUAUAUCCUACUCCUCUGGCUCUCCGUCUGCAUCCGACUACCCUUUUCCCUCUCACGACUCUCGCCGGGAACGACGGACGCGAUCGAAGCGCUUGGGCUGAAGUGGCUGGAGCGAAGCGGGAAGGAAGCGGACGGAGCGGCCGAAGUCCUUGGGCGGUACUUCGCCAGGAACGACGUCGACAUUGCAAUAUUGCUCGGACGGUGUGAAGACGGUCUGCGGAGCCCGGAGAAGCAGAAGACGGUCUACCCGCUCCUUACCGCCCUCUUGCUCGUCCUAUCGACCGCACCGCCAGCACACCUUCUCCCGCACUUUCCUCGCCUCUACGCCCUCCUCGCUCUCAUGCCCGCCCCAGAUGACGGUCGAGUCGGCGCCAACCUCGCACGUUGCCGCGCGAAGCUCGCCGGUCGCAUCGCGCUGUUGCGACUACAGGUCGAAACGAAGGGCGCGACGGAUGAGGAUGUGCCGGAGGAGGUGGAAGUGAUUGUUGGCGAGCUGAUCGAAGGAUUGGCUCAUCCCGACUCGAUACCUCGCUACUCUUCCGCCAAAUACCUCGCUCGCCUCUCGCUCCUCCUCCCUCCCUCGUUCGCCUCGCAACUCCUCGACGCUAUCCUAACGUCCUUCGAAGAGGCUCUCGCGGAGAGCUCGACUACUCGAGGAGAAGGGAAGGCGCAGGGUGCUUGUCUUGCAGUCGGCGAGAUGGCGCGUCGAAGCGUGUUGGACAGGCUUGAGGAGGAUGAGCGAGACGAGGUGGUGAAGCGGAUCUUGGACUGCACUCUACAGGCGCUCCACUACGACCACCUCACCGCCCUUCACUCGAUCGGCACAUCCGUCCGCGACUCGGCGUCCUACGUGCUCUGGUCUCUCUCGCGCACUUUUCCAUCAUCGUCGUUAUCGGCCGAUCAAGCGCAGCGACUAGCCGAGCGACUCGUCUGCACGGCUUGUCUCGAUCGGGAGGUGAGCGUGAGGAGGGCGGCGAGUGCGGCGUGGCAGGAAGCGGUCGGACGAUGGGGCAUUUUCCCGCACGGCAUCUCCGUCCUGCGCCUCGUCGACUUCUUUACCGUCUCCGUUCGACAUCGUGCAUUCUUGCAAGCUGCCGUCGGCGUUGCUACCUACCCCGAAUACCGCCCAGCUCUCGUCUCCCAUCUUCUCGGCCGACCGGCCUCGUCCAGCAGCACCGGGACGGGCAUCGCACACUACGACGCUGAGAUUCGUUUGCUAUCGGCGCAAGCGCUGGGUGCGGUCGUCAAAGGCGCGGCGGAGGAGUUGGUCGAGCGGUUGAUCGAGGAGCAGGUCAAGAAGCUCGAGCAGGUCACGAAGAACGUCGGCCGCUUGCACGGCGUGCUGCUGAGCUUGGCGCAUCUGGCGAAGGCGGCGCAAGAGCUGCCGAACAGUCGGCAGGCGGAAGAACUCAAAGCACUGAUCUUCGAGUCCGUUUGCGCCUUGUACCCCUCGACUCGCUCGCUCAAGUCGAACCAGCUCGUCCUCUCCGCCGCCCUCAGCGCUCUCGCAUCCUCGGCACCAACUCCCGCCAUUGACGCGACCAGGCCGCAUCCUCCGUCAACCUGGUUUGACGUCGUCCACCUUGCUUGCGACCGGAGCGAGCAGGAUGUCCACGACAAGGCAGGUGAAGCGAUCGCUUCCGUCUCGAAGGCCAUGGACUGUCGCCUUCAGAUUGAGAGCCUUCUCGCCGACCUCGACUCGCGAACCGGCACUCGGCAGCAAGCUGCGGUUCUUCUCCUAGGCCAGAUCGACUAUUCGGCUGCGCACUCGAACGACGAGAAGCUUGCAACAGUGCUGCGACGCCUUGUCGACUUCGUCCAGCGGGAUGGCUCGAGGAAGGCUGCGACGAUUGAAGGAAGGAGGAAUGGCAUCGAUGCAUUGGCCACCGUUCUGCUUCGUCACGGAGAUGCAGAAGAUCUCGGGACCUUACUCGACUCUGUCCUCUCGGCGCUCCGGCUGGGCUUCACCGACUACACUUCCGACCAACGAGGCGACGUCGGCUCAUGGGUUCGCAUCUCGACCCUGAACGCCUGGGCUUCUCUCAUUCCCUCUUUCUACCCGUCUCGGCUGGACCGACAGACGGCAGAUCAAAUCGUGGCCAAGAUGGUCAAACUGUGCCUCGAGCGACUCGACAAUGUGCGAGAAGCGGCAGGGACGGCACUCAUGAGCCUGUGGGAGUGGCAGAGCGGGACAAAAGCGGAGGGCGCAGGAGUCUUGAGGGGUGAGGAAGUCUGGGAGGCCAUCGCUGCGGAGGACCGACGGAACUGGCGAGACUUGAACUGGUCGUCCGAACGGAUUCUCCCGUUGCUUCGAGUGCCCGAGUAUCGCACCGACCUGCUCGAAGGCGCCGUGCUCUCUCUGAGCCAAUUCUCCUCUUCGACUGCUUUCGUCGACUUCUGCCUCUCCCUGCCGGCCCUUCCGCCUAGCUCCGCAAAGCACGACGAGCUCGUCCCGUAUACCCUCUUCUCGCUCCUAUCCUCCCUUCUCGCCCUCAGCAAGGCGCACUUCUCCUCGAACCGCAUCUUCGUCCCCCUCCUUUCGACCCUCGCUUCUCUCGCCGAAGCAGGCUGUCUCGACGAAGUUGCUGCGGAUGAGGCGGAAGAAGGCGGCAAGGUGCUUCGCGACUUGGUCGGCGUCGCCGUUAACGGUGUUGGCAAUAUGAAGAGUUCAGCGAGGUUGACUGGCGCGAUGAAGGUUGUCAUCGCGUUCUUGCCGCUCCCGCACGUCGGUCCCUCAGCCGCUACACGGUUACCCCUCUUCCUCGCGCAUCCGCAAGCUUGGUUACGCCAGCAGACCGCCGACGAGCUCUUCGGCGCCCUCGCCGCGAUCGGGAGCGAAGACGAAGAGUUGUCAACGAUGCUGGCGGAGACAAGCUGGACCAGUCUCAGCCAGGAAGAAGCGACGGAAAGGGGACGAGCGGUUGGAGAGAAGGUCAAGACAGCUGUAGAGCUUUCGGACGCAUAG